AACCUGGCAGCCCGAACAGCUGUUAAUUUUUUCGCAAAGAAAUCGCUACAAAGCGGAAUUUUCGGAAAUUCAUCGCAAUUAUAUCUUCCGGCUGAAACGAAAAUCAAAAAAGUCAAAAUGUAUCUAACCAGACUGCAUAAUGUGGGACGCCAACUGAUUCAACCAACUCUGCGGGCAACACAGAAUCCAACUCGUCUAGUUAGUACCACUAUAACAAACCGAGAAAUCUUCCAAGUGCAAAGCGCCGAAGAUUUUGAUCGCAAAGUUAAGAAAAGUGAUAAGCUGGUAAUAGUGGAUUUUUUCGCAACAUGGUGCAACCCAUGUAAAAUGCUCACGCCACGCAUUGAGACGGUGGUAGGUGAGAAGGCGGGCGCAGUAAAAUUGGCCAAAGUGGACAUUGAUGAGCACAGCGAAUUGGCACUCGAUUAUGAUGUUGCUGCGGUACCUGUCCUAAUAGUAAUGAAAGAAGGAAAAGUGGUGAAUCGUAUGGUCGGCUUACAGGACACGGAUAAGAUACGCGCAUGGAUUGACAAAGCUGUGGAAGAAACCAAAUAAUUUAAGAAAGUAUAACCUUAAAUGUGAACAAAUAACUUUGUAACCCAGCAUCGCAUAAAUAACUUUUGUUUGAAAUUGAAUAAAAUGGUUUAUUAAGGUACGAGAAAUAUUAA